CAGCAGUCAGUCGCCAGCCUUUGCCCCAUGCGAAGAGAAACGUUAGCACUUGUGCUCGUGCCGUCGUUGUCGUUGUCGCUGCCAUCGCCGUCGCUGUCGUCGCAGUCGUCGCUCGUCGAUUGUCGAUUGUCUCGGUCGUUGUCGUCGAGGAUUUUGGGUUUUGGCUAUCAGAGCGCGCACACACACACGUAUACAACUACAAUAUACAAAAAAAAAAAAAUAGAGCCAAGAAGAAAAUCACACACACGUAUACAAAAAAAAGCGCAGCAGUGAAAAUGAAAUGGCAAUAAUGUGGUAAAAAGAAAAAUACAAAAAAAUAUGGCAAGUGUUUUGUUAAAAAGCCGUGGAAAAGCAGCAGCAACAAUGUGAAUCUAACGAAAUAUGCAAAUCAAAAGGCCAACAAAAAUAACAAAUCAAAGCUCGGCGCAAAGGAAUAAAAGGAGAAGCAGCAGCAAUUAUUUCUUUGCACAUGCAUGUAAAAACUAAAAAGAAAUUAGAAUUAGACGAAAAACAGCAAAGUACAACAACAACAACAGCAUCAAGAACAACAACACGGGCAACAACAAGGAAAUCAAGAGACGCGAGAGCAAAGCACAAGCAGCCGCAGCAACAGCAAAGGCAAAGGCAAAAGCACUCGAUAAAAAGUUAUUAGCAAAAACAGAAAUACGUAACUUGCUCUCACACUUACUCUCGCUCUCGUUCUUGUGCUCGUUGUCUCCCUCCCUCUCUCUCGCUCGCUUGCUCUCUCUGUCCGUGGAGAGCGCAGAAAAGGGGCACCCAACACUAACGCCAACGCGCCUACCCUACACUAAGUGCUCUGUGUGCUGGGUGUGUGUGUGUGUGUGUGUAGGAGUAAGAGUGGGAGUGUGAGCUGAGGCUGAGCUGAGAGUGGGAGAGGCAGACAGACGGACAGAACGAGAGAGCAAAAGGGACGUAGGUAGAUAGGUCAGUGGCUGAGGCUGUGGGCGGCCUAGCAUCAGCAGCCAAAGCAGCUGUGGCAGCGACGCCAACGCCAAACAACAUCAACAGUAACUUCAAAAGGGCAGCAUGUCCUGCACCGUGUCAGAGCUGCCCAGCGGCUGUCGUUUGCGCGGCAUGACUGCCAACUCGUCUUCAAAUAACGGCAAUGGCAAUGGCGAUAGUGCUGGCUCCGUUAGCGCUCUGAGCUCAACAGCUGGUGGGGGCGGAGGGGGAGGUGGAGUCGUUGGUGUUAGUGGCACAGGAUCGGGCAACACAACGUUACCGGUUAGCGGUAGCGCCACAUCGAAUGUGUUGCAGGAAUCAAAUGCGCCUCUGCAGCGACCGCAAUCACAGAAGCCAUGCUGCUUUUGUUGGUGUUGUUGUUGUUCCUGCUCCUGGGCUAAGUGUCUUGCCAUAAAGAACGCUGAUGAAAAUGCGCCCACCAAACGUGAUCUCGUUAGCGCCGAAUUCCUAGAUGGCGAUCAACCCACAUUAGAAGAAAUACGUAGUUGGGGCAAAAGCUUUGACAAGCUAAUGAAGAAUUCAACUGGUCGCAAAGUAUUUCGCGAUUUUCUGCGUAGCGAAUUCAGCGAGGAGAACAUAUUGUUUUGGCUUGCCUGCGAGGAUCUGAAGAAGGAGAACAGUGCCGAAGUCGUGGAGGAGAAGGCGCGACUGAUAUACGAGGAUUAUAUAUCGAUACUGUCGCCACGCGAAGUGUCGCUGGACUCACGAGUGCGCGAAAUUGUUAAUCGCAACAUGAUCGAGCCGACGACUCACACCUUCGACGAAGCUCAAAUUCAGAUCUACACGCUGAUGCACAGAGACUCAUAUCCCAGAUUCCUAAACUCGCAAAAGUUCAAGACACUCGCUCAAAUGCAAGACAAUUCGAAUGCCGGCUCCAAAGCGGAUAGCCCCACUUAGAUGUUAUGUUAUGUAAUGUGCUGUGUUGAUUCUGUUGUUGUUUUCUCGUUUAACUUUAGUAUUCUUUGGUUGUCCUGAAAUGGUGGCAAUAACUGUUUGCUGCUGCUGCCACUGCCACAAAAAGCGCCGCUGCUGCAGUUAACAAAGCAAUAUGUCAUACCAACUAAAUAGAUCUAUUCCAUUUGGCGUGUGCAGUACCAAAAAACACAAAAUAAAAAACAAAAAUGAAAAAGAGAACAUAACCAACGACAGCAGGAUCGCAAUUUGUGGAGUGACAGAAGCAGCAUAAAUCGCAACCAGCAGAGGAUCCUUUCUUAAGGACGCAACCAACAAUUUAGACGAUAUGAUAUAUACACACAUAUAUAUUGCAUUAUGUGAAACCGAUUCCUUCUUUACAAUGUUCUAGUCGUUAACAAACCAAACAAAACUAGGCAAUUUAUAAAAUUAGUUGUUAACAAUACAAAACAAAACAAACAAAAGAAAGUGUGAGAGAAAAGUUUUAGCGCAAUGUGCUAUGCAGAAUUGGGUGGAUCUAGUUGAUAAUACAAAUAUUACAGAACCGCAUUUCUAGGGACUCUAAAGUUUAUAUUGUAUGGAGCAUUAUCCGAACUGCAAAGCCCCCCAAAAGAAAAAAAAACAUACAAAAAACCAAAUAACAAAAAUAAAUGUGGUGCGAGAAGCGAAACAAUUAGCAUACAUUGUAAUAAUUGUUAUUACUAAGACGUAUUAAUCAAAUUGAAUGAAAGAAAAACCAACUUUAAAAACGCAAAUACUUUUUCCAAAAACAAAUUUAAAAAUACAAAAAAAAAACAAAAACAAAAACCAAUAUAAAAUGAAAGCAAAAAAAAAAAAAAAAAAGAAAUGAAAAGAAAAUAAGCAACAUUUUUAAACGUAUUACUUACAUUUAUACUUGUACUUGUAUGUAACUUAAUUAGUUUUGAAAACGUUUUAGAUCAUACAAAUACAAAUAUGGAUACAUAUAUAUAUUAAUAUAUAUGGAUAGCGACAUCGAAGCAUUCUGUAAAUACAAUUACAACAACAACAACAAUAAUAAUAGCAAAAGAAAUGAAUGAAUGAUUGAAUACAAGUUUAGCAAUUUAGAAGCGAUUGCGACGGUCAAGUUCGUUAGCUGAAACAAAACCAGAUGAUGAAAAAUACCUAGGACGACGAACUCGAGAACAAGACAAUUGUGGAUUGUGUCGAAUGUUUAUAGAGUAUAUAUAUAUUUAAUGCUACAAAUAAACAUUACUUAUACAUAUAUACAUAUAUAUAUACAUAUAUUUAUUGUACAUUUGUUUUAAAACUUGAAAAUCAUUUACAAUAAUAAUGUCAAAACGGAAAUGUUCUUAAUAAUCGAUCUAAAAACGAUACCAAAGCGUACCAAACUUACUAAGUAUUUUAUUUCGAUAAUCGCAUUGAUUUCGAUAAAUCGAUCCAAAAGAAAAAUGAAACAAAAAAAAUUUAUAAAAAUAAAAAAAAGGAAAAAACAAAUGAUUGACAAAACUAAAAAAAAAAAUGUUUCGCAAUAUCACUGCCAACUCCGCAAGAGAUAUAUCAUAUAUCUAUAUAUAGCUAUAUAUAUAUACGUAUAUGUAUAUGUAUCACAUACAAAAGCAGUUGCGUUUACUAUCCGCACACACAUUCACCCACGUACACAGACACACACACCCACACACAUACACAUACACCUGCAACUGUGGGCAAUCCACCUACCCCUUCACUCGUUCCCCACUUGCUGAGGCGCGCUACCUUUUUCUGCAUUCGAACAGUAUUAACAAUAAGAAGAAGACGCUGUGUUUCGGCACAAAGCCGACUUUUGAAUACCCUUGCAGAAAUAUGUAUGUAUUUGUGCGUAUGCCCUUAAUUUGUGUUAUUCUCUGCAAGCGUGUAAAAAAGCGUCGAUUUAAAUUGAAAACAUACAAAAAUUAUACAUUUUUAGCAAAAGUUGUCGAAUUAACUUAACUACAACAAAAUAGAAGAUGUAAAAUGAAACAUGGCAAAAGUUAACAUGAGUUUUAACAGGGGGAAGUACGAGUAUUGGACUUAUUGACGUAGUAUUGAUGAGGCACAACAUUUUAAAGCACAAAUUUGAAUUUUGAAUUAGAUUUGAAUUUGAAUUUGAAGUUCGAUCAGUUUGAUGAAGCAGAGAAUGUUUUUAGUAGCAAUUAGCUAGUUGGUGUGCCUAGUUUUAAUAUGCAUAUGUACUUAAUAAUACACACACACACAAAACACUCACACAUACAAACACAAGCGGAAUGAGCUAGAGAAAGAGAGCAAGAGAGAUAAGCUUGUCCACUAGCCCGCCCCCCUCCAAAAUAAAAGCCUUAGCUUCAGUUCAAAAUAUAUGCACUAGAAAAUACCUAAAACGAAACCAAAGAAAAAUACCAAAAUACCAUUGCAUAUAUGCCGCGAUCAUCAUUGAAUUUACGUCACUCAGGCUGCUACUUGGAAUUGAAAAUUCGACAACCUCUUGCAUUAGAUAACGAAUAUCGAUAAACGAUAGCCAAUAACGAUGAAACGAGUUAUCGUGUGUCAUUUUCCAUGGUUUGUUAACUUAAUUUUAGGCAACAAAUAAUAAAUACACAAGCAACCACAAAACAAACAAAAGCGUUUGUGUCUGUUUGUUUUGUUUUUGUUUUUAUUUUGUAUAUGUUUUAAUUAAUUUUUCUACUUUGCAGAAUAAUUAAACAAAACUUUUUUAUUAAAUGUAAAACCAAAAAACCAAAAAAAGAACAAACACAACAAAACAACACACAACUGAAUAUUUAAGUAAAUUAAAUAAAAAGUAAUGUCUACAUUUAAGUUUUUAGGUACACUUAAAAACACACACACGAACACUUACAAAUAAAUACAUAUAUGAAUGUAUAUGUAUUACAUGCAUACUUACAUAAAUGUAAAUGUAAUCGCAAAAUAAAAAGAAAACUAAACAAAAAAAAAAAAAUACAAAAACCAAAGAAAUGAAAAGUAUUAGUGAAAA